UACUAUCUCCUGCUUUUGUCUGUGCCUUCAUGGAAGGACAAUCAUAAUUUGAACAUCGGAGGCUAUUAAAUACACUGCACAAAUUGGAAAACUUAAACUAGAAGGAAUCAGCACGGAGCUGCUGUGUUUCUGUGAAGCUAGAACAUAGUAAUUAAUCUUGUGAUAUACAAUGUUAAGGGCUUAUUCCCUGCUAAUUGUUUUGCUUAAUUUAGCAGUGACAAUUUCUUGUGCUGACAAUUACAGCAGAGAGGAUUUUCCUGCUGGAUUUGUUUUUGGUUCUGGCACCUCUGCUUAUCAGGUGGAAGGGGCAGCAAGUGAAGAUGGGAGAAGUCCUAGCAUUUUGGAUACAUUUUCUCACAAGGGGGAAAUGGGCGGCGCGACAGGAGAUGUAUCAGUUGAAGAGUAUCACAAAUACAAGAAGGAUGUGAAACUCAUGGUGGAAACUGGGUUAGAUGCUUAUAGAUUAUCAAUGUAAACAUUUUAAUUUGUCUCAGAUGGAAGAGUACCUGUCAAUUCAAAGGCCGUGCUUUAUUACAACAACCUCAUCAAUGAACUUAUCAGUCAUGGCAUUGAACCACAUGUUACAUUAUACCAUUAUGAUCAUCCACAAGCAAUUGAAGACGAGUAUGGAGGAUGGCUUAGCAGAAAGAUUGUGAAGGACUUCACAGCUUAUGCAGACGUGUGUUUCAGAGAGUUUGGUGACAGAGUUUCGCAUUGGACAACUUUGAAUGAGCCCAACGUCUUUCCACUUUACAGUUAUGAUGUGGGAAUGUUGCCACCAUUUCGAUGCUCUCCUCCAUUUGUGGUCAACUGCUCCCAAGGCAACUCUUCAUCUGAACCUUACAUGGUUGCUCAUCAUCUCUUGUUGGCACAUGCUUCAGCUAUCAAAUUGUACAGGAAAAAGUAUCAGGGCAAGCAACUGGGACUUAUUGGGAUUCAUCUUUUUGUUUUUGGGGCUUUUCCUCUGACGAAUUCAACACAGGAUGUGCUUGCGACUCAAAGAGCUAAUGAAUUUUUUGUGGGCUUGAUAGCGAAUCCUGUGGUGUUUGGAGACUAUCCUGAGUCAGUAAAGAGAAAUGCAGGCUCAAGACUACCAGUCUUCACUAAUGAAGAAUCCAAGCAGGUUAAGGGUUCAUUUGACUUCUUGGGAAUAAACCAUUACAUAUCAGUAAUGGUUAAAGACAACUCUGCCAGCCUCAACUCAGAGCACAGAGAUUAUCAAGCAGAUAUGGCUGUGGAGAUGAUUGGUAGUAAAACCAAUGCUUUUUAAUAUCAAAUUAGUUGGGCAGCUGAUAUAGAUGACUUAGCAUUUGAGUAUCCCAUGCAUCCAUGGUGUAACAACCCGAAAUCGGACCGCUACCGGCGCUAGGAUCCAGAUCGACUUAAGGUCGCCGGAACCCGUAGCAAGCCUAACAUACAACCUGUCAUACCUGAUAAAUCCCAUACAUGAUCAUACAUUUACA